AUGCAUUUCAACCAGCUACUCCCAUGCCUCAUCGCUUCUGCCUCUGUCGCAGUCGCCCAGCUCGUCCCCGUCGGCCCCAUCGCAACACUUUACUCUCAACCGAACUUUAAGGGAAACGCUUUCAUCGCAGGCAGAGUCGACAAGUGUCUUCAACUUCCCGAGGGCAUCGCCGGAAACGUGAGCUCAGUCCAGCUGCAGCAGUUCCCAAGCCCCUUUUACGUCUCCUGCACCCUUUACAACAGAGAUAACUGCUACAAUCCGUCGGGUUCGGCCAUCUACUACGCCACUCCAUUGUUCAAUAACACCUACUUGCCCGAUCACAACGUUCGAUCGGUGUCUUGCUCGCUUAGCCGGCUUUUGCCUUAG